AUGUUAGCCCUGAAACAUUUGGUGUUCUGUCUAAGGGUUUUUGCGGUAUACGCCGACGUAGAGUUUCAAAGUUGGAAGAAACCACCAGACAACAAUCCCGACCUGAACAGGAAAGACCUUGGCGCGAUGCAGGAUGCGUGGAAGACAAUCAAGUGUAUGACGAACCAGAGCUAUUAUCUAGUGUAUAGUAACGGGUGGGGCACCCAAGAACAUUACGAAGAUGUGUCAUGCCUCCAAGUGCAAACAAGUGACCUCAAUUACACAUUGAAGAGCGCCCAAUACACAUCAAAAUGGUACAACACAAAAUCUAAAACAAUGGUAUCAAGCACACAAUAUGUUCAAGCUGUAAAACAAAAAGAUUAUAGUAUUGAAAAUAUUAUGUAUCUGGGGCAACCUCAGCGUAAAGCCACAUCACCAAAUGGAACCUGCUACAAUCUCGAUUUCAACUUCCUCUGUGAAGCAAACGGCUGUAUCAUAUAUCAUCAGGAAUGUUGGCGAAGACCCUUCAUUAGAUAUUCAGAAAAAUACGUUAUAUUUAGCAAUUCUUUUUGUCACAUACUGAGAGCACUGCAAAAUGAAGAGGACUAUGAAUCUUGUGAAUUCUGGUUGAGGGAAGAUUGGUUAAAGAACGUGACCAUUCCCCAAGUCGUUACAAGAGCAGGAAGCGAAGAAAAUGAGAAAGAGAAGAAGGAGCUUGGCAGUUCGAGUAAAACUACGUAUUUGUAUGAUUCCUUAUUUAAGGAACUUCCGUCCAGCUGUCGAUACGCAUUUCUUCUCAACUGUGGAUAUCCGACAUACCGGAUUUAUGACAGGGAAGAUUGCGACAACGUAAAUAAAAGAGAAAAUGGCGCAUCAGAUGACGCAAACAAAUGUAGAUAA